UAUAUAGAAAUAAAAAAUAUUUUUAUAUAAAAAAAUUGGACCCCUUUUUUAUUUUUAAUAUAAAAAUACUUAUAUUUUUUAAAAAAGUUGGAUCCUUAUCUAUUAAGAAAUAAAUGGACAACGGAUUGAACCGGAGCGGUCGCACCACUCGCCCCCUAUCUAAGCCGGCCUGAGUGGUUUUGAACUUUAAUCACCAGAUAUAGGAGUGCAAGAGAAAAUUGCCCUGUAUUACAAGUGAGUCCGUAGAUAACUUUACGUACGGAUCAACACUAACAUUGUAAUAAGAUUUCAGUAUGAAUCUUCCUGGAUAAGUCUGCUCAUAACUCUUCACUGACGACAUGUAUAUCUUUUUAUCUUUUGCCUUUUUAAUAGUGAACAUUUUUGUUGUUGUUUUAGUUUUAGAGUUUUAUCUUAUCUUACAUAUGUACAUGUACAUCUCUUGUCAAAAAAAGUAUAUAGCAAAACAAUGCAGAUUGUGGUCAAUAAAAUACCCUUUUUUUUAUUGGUUUAAUUGUGGACUAUAGUGUUCUUGGUAGCUUUCAACUGGUACAAUUUAAAGUUUUGGUUAGAGAGGUCUUCAUUUCGCAAACAAAGCAUUAAACAUCACUCAAACCCAAAAGUCAGAACAUGUGAAGUCUUCUUUCCAGCUUUGGUUUAAAGACACAGAGAGAAACCAAGAUUCUUAAAUGAGUCUAUGACUUUACAAGCUCUACAGAUAAAGAGAUUUGCCUUAACAAGGUUGAAGAUUAGCUAAACAAAACAAAAAGAAACGAGAAAAUGAGAUUUGGGAGACAGUUUGUGUCUAAGAUGAUCCCAGAGUGGCAAGAAGCUUACAUAGAUUACGCUUACCUCAAAACCAUUCUUCAAGACAUCCAAGCCACCCGGAAGAUUUCAGUUUCCAACAGCCAGAGCAAACCUUCCUUCGCACGUAACCUAACCAAACGCUACACCCGCAACGCCUCUGUCUCUGAAAAUCACGUCAUUGUUUUCAACGCAGUCACUCAUGCCGACUUCGAGCACGAUAUGACUUACGAGACAGCGUUUUUGAAGGCGGGAGAGCCAGGUGGAGACUCUGAGGCUGCCUUCUUUAGAACCCUAGACCGAGAAUUCAACAAAGUGAAUAGCUUCUACAAGUUGAAAGUGGAGAAAGCGAGGCACGAGUCUUUGGCUCUGACCAGACAAAUGGAAGCUUUGGUUGCUUUCAGAUUCAGAGUUAAGGAGAAGAAACCGUCUUCCACUGAUUCAGUCUCAGUAGACAUCAAUGCCUUAUCUUCCAAGUCUAAAGAAAAUAGUGAUGUACUGAAUCUUUAUUAUUUUGGAUAUUCAGAAGUGACAGUAGGUGAUCUCAUAAAGAACGAGGCCAAUGAGAGUAUUCUUGAGGGUAUCAGGAUGAACAGAACACUGGAAACUCCACUGUCAGCAAUUAAAACCAUCCUCAAGGUUCAUAAGCAGGAAGAGCUUAAAUUCACAAGAGAGAAUCUAAAGAAAGUCGAGGAGAGACUUCAGAGAGCGUUCAUCGAGUUUUAUCAGAAACUUGGGCAUCUUAAAAACUAUAGCUUCUUGAACACGUCAGCGGUUUCCAAGAUCAUGAAGAAGUAUGAUAAGAUAUCAGCAAGAAAUGCUGCGAAGCAGUACAUGGAAAUGGUGGAUAGCUCUUACCUCACUAGCUCUGAUGAAAUUCAUAAGCUGAUGGUAAGAGUUGAAUCUACUUUCAUUCAACAUUUCUCCAACUCAAACCGGAGACAAGGGAUGAAUCUCUUAAGGCCAAAAGAGAACAAAGAACUACAUCGAACCACAUUCUCCACCGGCUUCUUCUUUGGCUGUGCUACAUCUCUCAUAAUAGCUCUUGCUCUGAUCAUCCAUGCUCGUAAUAUCAUGGGCACACCAGGACAACGAACUUACAUGGAAACAAUGUUCCCUCUCUACAGGUUCUUUGGGUUUGUAGUCUUGCAUGUGGUUAUGUACGCUGCUAAUAUCUACUUCUGGGGGAUAUACCGUGUGAAUUACUCAUUCAUCUUUGGUUUCAAACAAGGCACUGAACUUGGUUAUAGACAUGUUCUACUUCUAAGCUUUGGUCUUGGUACACUUUCUUUGUGUGCUGUCUUAUUAAACCUUGACAUGGAAAUGGAUUCUCAAACCAAAGACUACAGAAUAGUCACUGAACUUAUUCCCCUCUUCCUCCUCGCUCUAGUGGUUGCCAUUACUCUUUGCCCCUUCAACAUUCUCUAUCGGUCAAGCCGGUUCUUCUUCCUCACGGUUCUGUUCCGCUGCAUCGCUGCACCAUUUUAUACGGUGAAUCUUCCAGACUUUUUCUUAGCAGAUCAGCUAACAAGCCAGGUUCAAUCACUGAGGAGUCUAGAGUUCUACAUAUGCUACUAUGGAUUUGGAGAUUUCAGACAAAGACAACGAAACACUUGCAGAUCAAACGAUGUUUUCACAACAUUCUAUUUCAUUGUAGCUGUUAUACCCUACUGGUUAAGGUUUCUUCAGUGCAUCAGAAGAAUAAUCGAAGAAAAUGAUCUGAGUCAUGGGUACAAUGCCAUCAAGUAUCUCUUGACCAUAGUCGCUGCUUGUCUUAGAACAGCAUAUACUCUCAACAGAGGAACCACCUGGAACAUCACAGCUUGGAUUUUCUCAGGAGUUGCAACGCUUUACGCAACUUACUGGGACAUUGUUAUUGACUGGGGUUUGCUUCAGAGAGGAUGUAAGAACAGUUUCUUGAGAGAAAAGCUUCUUGUUCCUCACAAAACCGUCUACUACGCUGCAAUGGUUUUGAAUGUUUUGUUGAGGUUAGUUUGGUUGCAAACAGUUUUGGAUCUGAAAUUCUCUUUCUUACAUAGAGAAACUCUUGUCGCGCUUCUGGCUUGCCUUGAGAUCAUACGCAGAGGUAUAUGGAACUUCUUCAGGCUGGAGAAUGAGCAUUUAAACAAUGUUGGGAAGUUUAGGGCGUUCAAAUCUGUUCCAUUACCAUUCAACUACCAAGAAGAUAGAGAUCAAGACAAUUAGCUGAGCAAGAUAUAUACAUGUAACAUGGUUAUACGAUCUUAAGACAAACGAUUAACGAAAGUGGUUACAUGCACAACGUUCACAUGUUUAGGCUUUUCAAUAAGCUAUUGUUGUAAAAAGCAGACACAACCUUCUGUUAUUUGGUUACUAAAACAAUCACAAGAGGAGAGAAACCUAGUUA